CUAGUUUAUGUUCAACCUUUCUGGAACUCAUCACAAUGAAAAUAUAUUUGUUAAGCAUUUUUGGACUGCUAAUUUUUGGGAUCAGUGGAUUGGAAGAUAGUUGCAGGAAGUGUUCCUGGAAGACUAAUAUUCACUGCGGAUUCGCAUCUGAUGACAGCUGUGUCUUCAUGGCUCUGAACAGAUGCCUCGUGGUACGAGCAUCAUGCCUUCGACAAAUGAACUCCUUAAAACCCUUUAGCAAAAUUGUCAAAGGAAAAUGUCCCAAGGACAAGCCAAAAUGCCCAAAAACCAAUGUAUUGUAUAAAAAGGAUCAUAUCAAAACGGAAGCGUAAUAUCCAUUUAAUAAAUUUUGUGUUAUCUUAUGCGAAUCACAAAAAAAAUAUAUACAUUUGAAGAAAAAAUAUUGAGACAAAUGGAGUGCAAACAUGUUGUGAAGGCCAAAGAAUCCUUCUGCGGGAUACUUUGAACAGUUUCCGCUUGACUUGGCCAAAUGCCGACCUGGCCACCUGACCACGAUGACAGCGGAUAUGGCCAAGACGUCGUC